UACACGUGUGUUGAAGGCAAAACAUUGUACAGGACUUGAAUCGCUUUCAAACGUCUUUAUAUCACAGGGCAAAAAAAAGGAAAUCAUCAUGUCUCGUUUUUUGAUAAACACUCUUUUGUCCCACUGUCACGAUCCCGGGAAUUUAAUCCAAACUCUCCGCUGGCAAAGUACUUCUUCGCCUGACAUUGACAAGAUUGAAGCUUUAACUACUCUGAUCCAGGAGCUUUCCACAGAUUCGCAUUCAGCACGAGAGGAACGUUUCAUUUGUGAGGUGCAGUCAGUGAUAUGGGAUCAAUGCAUGCCACUGUUGAAAAUGAUCUCUAGUGAAGAUGAUGGAGGUAAGGACCUGCUCAGUGCAGUGUGUGGACUGUUCGCAGCAUGUGUCCGUGUAUGUCAGACUGAUGUGCACGAGCAGGUGUGUCAAAUUCUUCUCCCUGUACUUAUGAUGAGAGACGAUGGCAGUCAUGAAACGAGGAGGUUCGACGUGGAUGUUGCUAUUGAAGCCACUGCUGUUUUGCUAUCCAGCAUCUCAGAAAACAGAUCCAUCAUCUCCAAGACUCUGUCCUGCACACUUGGCUGUAUUAAGGAUCUGUCUGACUCCAAGGUGUCCAAAAUAAUCGUUCGGAUCUGGUUCACCAUACUGAAGUCCUGCAGUAAACCAGAAGAAUCAGAAACCCUGCAUCAGAUAUGGGAGGAUUUGAUGGCAUGGCAUCACAGAGACCGGACAGAAUCGGUAACGGCUCGGGUUCUGUUGUGCCUUACUGCUCUAUCCGAUCACGUCUUCUCUUUGGGAUCAGACUCAUCCUGCAAUCGCCCUGAACCCACGAGAUCGCAAUGGUUUUUCAGGGCGAUCCAGGCCGGACUGACACACAGAGACAGUGUGACCCGCAAACGGGCGCUUUACCUGCUCACCCGGUGUGUGGCACUUGCAGAUGCCAGGAGAGAAGAUGUGGGGACCUGCCAGACACCCGGCACAGAAAAGAUCUUGUUUAAAUGGACAUCAGAGAAGAAACUGCUGUUAAGGGGGUUCUGGGAGGAUUAUGCAUUAAUAUUAGAGACACUUGAGGAAAAUCAGAUUCAUGUGAUCCGACCUGUACUCAACAGGAUCGAUAAGCUUGUUGAGACAACCUCAACCGAUGUGGAAGAUGGGCUGUUUUCACCUUCCUGGUUGCUGUGCGUAUAUCAGCGCAUGUUUUACAGCGAGAACAAAGCAGUUAUGAAGGAAGGAGUCAAUCACCUGUUAGAGCUGAAAGCGCUGCAUCACCCUGGAUUUGCUUUGGCAUUCUCACAGUUUAUAGUCGGUCCACUCAUGGAUGUUCUUGCAGAGAGCUCUCUAUAUCACAGAUCAGCUCAGCAGAACAUCAGAGAUUGCCCAGAGCUGGGAAAGAAACUGCAAACCUUUAUGGUGAAUUUCUUCAACGGUUUGCCAGAGGAGAAUAAAGGCUCAGUUUUGCUGCAGUUCAUCCAGCGGUUGGGUUCACGACACUGGUGUGCCGUUCCUCUGCUCUUCCUGUCUCAGGCUCUGAGCUGUCUGUCUCUGCGUCCUCUCCUCAACUCUGAUGGGCUCCAGGCAUUCAGAGAAGUUCUACGCUGUGCUAUGAUCACUCAUCAGGUGCUGUUGAGAGGAGCUUCACAAUGUUUUCUGCUUCAUGCCGCCCUCUCUCUGACAGAUGUGUCAGCAGUAUCUUUAAAUGAGGUUUUGAGUUUCCUUGUGUGUUUUCGAGCUGAAGAGUCGCUUUGUCGUGGCACAACUCUGUGGAUGGAGCUUUGUGAUUGGCUGCGGAGGAAUGAAAACCGUUUUCGUUUGACUGACGGGGAUUCAGGUUCCUCUGAAAAGCUUCAUGAUAAAACAUCAAACGGUAACAGAACUUCUCUAUUCAGUCACGUCCGGCAGCGACUGAAGACCUUCCUCACGGUUCCAGCCAGCUCAGAUCAAACAGGGAGUGUGUCUGAUCCAUCAGAGGCCGAGCUGCUGGCCCGGGCCGUCCUGCUGUCUGCGGACCUGCAGCAGAGCAAGACCGAACCGAAGGAAAUUGCUGGUCUAGAAGAGCUCCUGCAACCGCUGCUGGACAUCUUGCACAGACUCAGCACCAACGUCUACCUGCUGCAGCACAAGACAGAUAAAAGCCUGCAGCUACUACUGCGACUGUUGCAGCUUCGGGGAAGAGCCGAAGAUCCAGAGAAAGAGGAUGCUGUGGCUGUUGCUUUGAAGACGCAAGUGCUGUCGGCGGUGGAGUCGGUCCAGGACUUUCUGCUGAGGAGGUUGAGCUGUGAACUGAGGGAGUUCUGUGAUUUGGAGAGGGCUGAACUUUAUCUCUCAGUAUUAAGAGAGCUGGUUCUGACUUACUCCAGUGUGUCAUGGUACGGCUCAAAUCUGCAGCAAAACUACAUCCCCAAACUCACCACAAACUGCCUUGAGAUCCUCAAUGAACCUUCUCACCAGAAGCCGUUUGUAUCAGGACAGGUUCAGAGAGUGGUUAGUAUGGCCACGCUUGCACUGCUGUGUGAUAUUGCAGGUGGUGGUGUAUGGAACUCCGGUUCCGAGGCCAUGAGAUCUUUACACUCACUGACCGACUACUUCUACUCUUCAUCAUCAUCUCUUCAGCAUCUCAACCAGACGUUACCGAAGCCCACAUCUGCGUCUGAUCCCUCAGUCAGUCCAGAGGAUAGCCCUGUUCUGAAGGACUGGGGACGAAUCGUUGCUCAGUUUAUUCGAGACCAGUGGAUGUGUCUGAGUUUCCUGCAGAAGUCUUUUCCUGCCGGGCACCUGAAGGCCCCUGAAGCCACUGAGAUCCUGCGGGCUGCCGUCGAGGCUCUGGCCUUACUGCCUGGUCAUCUUGUGCUGCCAGUGCUGGACUAUAUGACGACAGUCUUACCACAGGUGGUGCAGUCUGACGAGUCUUUAUGCGUGGAUGUCAUAUGUGCAUCAUGGAAGGUGGUUCAGGCUCUGAGCACAAACCCUCAUGACUUCUGGUCCACACUGCAGGGAUUUGUGCGUUUGGCUUUUAAUCGGAAGCUGCUAGAGCUGACGGAUGAGCAAAACCCCCAAAUUACUGCCUGCGUUCAACAGAUUGUGAAUGAGCUCAUGGAUUUAGCUCAGGUCCGCUCCGGUGUGUAUAAUGUUCUCAUCCAGCACUGCUGUGACAUGUGGUUGCCUUCUGGGGCAGAAAAGGGAGUCCAGACAGACGUUGUGUUCAGCUCUGCCCUCUCACACCUCAGCAUUCUCACUGAAGCCUGUGUAUACGGCCCUGUGUUUAGAAGAGACCAAAGACUCAUUCAAGAAGUUCAAAGCUACGUUGAGCAGCUUGGUGAUAGUUGUGCCGCGAACACGGCCAUUAACAGUGAUAACAGAGACGAUCAGUUUCCUCGCAUGUGCGUCCUGGCUUUCUUGUGCCAUCUGAAUCCGUCCAAUCAGCUUCACCAGCGUGUGAUGCAAGAGGUUGUUCAGAGACUACUAAAAAAGGAUGCCGAGAUCUCAAAAUCCAAAGUACGUUACUAUAGCAACUCCAUCCAGCACAGAGUGAAGAACCGCGUGUGGCAGACGCUGCUGCUGUUACUGCCCAAACUAAGAGCGGAGUUUGUAUCAGAGUUUGUCUUGAGUCAUGUGUGUGAGGCUGGGUUCUGCAGUAACCAAGCGUCAGUCAAGUACCUGAUCGAGUGGACCCUGAUCCUAAUCCUCCAUCAGUACCCGUCUCACAUCCACAGCCUGUGGGACUGCUUCAGUCUGGAUCACGAGAAGACGAAAACAAGUAUCUGCGCAUUUCUGUCUGUCCUCGUGCAUUUGAACAUCCUCCUCCCAAAACUGGACGAGAAGCAGGUGCAUUGGCGGAGAGCCAUGGAGGUGAUCCUGCAGUGGUGCUUCUGCCACAACUUCAGCGUCCGUCUGUACGCCCUUCUUGCCCUCAAGAGGGUUUAGCUGAAAGACGCUGAUGUCCUCAGUGAGGAGAAUCUGGGUGGUCUGAGCACGGUGGUCCAGGCCUGUCUGAACCAGGCUGAAGCCAUGCAAAACACAGGCAAUGCGUUGAAAAACUGGACUAGAAUCCAGGAGCAUUUCUUUUUUGGUGUUUUCCAUCCAAUCAGGGAUUACAGUGUGGAGACAAUAUUCGAGACCUUUCCUCGCCUCUCAGAGCUGGCAGAAGAUGAAUGGCUUCCGGUGUGGAAAUUUGAGUGCUUCGGUAACUUUCCCUCGUGUGCGUCGCUGCCUUUGAAGAACCCUGUGAUGGAUCUGAGCGAACACCAGCCUGGAGACUGGAUCCAACAGGAUAAAGGUGAGAUGGAGCAGGAGGAACGCUGGGCAGAAGUUCAGAAGAAAAUCACUCCAUGGAAGUUGAGCGUUCAGGAGCAGGAGCCUGAGCUCAUGGCCCAGCAGAGAGCAGCACGCCUGGGCAAACUCACCAGCGCCCUCCUGGUGGUCGCAUCUCUCAUCGACAAGCCAACCAAUUUGGGUGGUCUGUGUAGGACAUGUGAGAUCUUUGGAGCUAAAGGUCUGGUUCUGGACAGUCUGAGACACGUGAAUGACAAACAAUUCCAGGCGCUCAGUGUGUCCUCAGAGUUGUGGCUGCCAUUGCUGGAGGUGAAGCCUGCCGAGUUAUCAGACUUCCUGCAGCUGAAGAAGCGAGAGGGAUACUGGGUAAUAGGUGUGGAGCAGACAUCCAACAGCCAGAAUUUACAAGAUUACACGUUUCCUGAGAGAAGCCUUUUGCUACUUGGUAAUGAAAGAGAAGGCAUCCCUGCGAACCUGCUGCAGCUGGUAGAUGUGUGUGUGGAAAUUCCUCAGCAAGGUAUCACUCGUUCCCUCAAUGUGCACGUGAGCGCCGCCCUGCUGGUGUGGGAAUAUACCCGGCAGCAUUUAGGACCAAGCAUUGGACCAUAAUCCCGCCAGAGAGAUGGACUGAACAAUUCUGUGUUUUAGCAGAAAGUAUAGUGUCAGCGUUUAAUAGAUGUUACAUUGUAAAGCCUUGUUCUUGUUAAAGUUUAUAUCGCUUUUGACACAGUUUUGCUUUUGAGAUGAUUGUAUCUCAUCUUGUGUAUUGAGAUUCUUUUGGACAUUUUAUAACUAUUUCAGAUGAAUGUGUAUUUUACCUUGUAAGUUUAAAAAAUAUACAUUUGGUACAAUAAACAGUUUAAAAACAUUCA